AUGCGGCCCCGCCGCCCUUCUGCAGCGGCCCCGCCGCUCCUCUGCAGCGGCCCCGCCGCCCUACCCAGCGGCCCCGCCGUCCUUCUGCAGCGGCCCCGCCGUCCUUCUGCAGCGGCCCCGCCGCUUCUCUGCAGCGGCCCCACCGCCCUAUCCAGCGGCCCCGCCGCCCUCUCUGCAGCGGCCCCGCCGCUCCUCUACAGCGGCCCCGCCGCCCUACUUCAGCGGCCCAGCCGAGCCGCCCAGCAGCAGAGCAGCCGAGCCGCCCAGCAGCAGAGCAGCCGAGCCGCCCCGCCGCCGAGCCGCGCUGAAGCCGAGCCGCCCGGCCACCCACCAGCCGAGCAGCCGUGCAGCCGACCGCCCAGUCGCCGAGCCGCCCAGCUGCCGAGCCGCCCAACCACCGAGCCGCCCAGCUGCCGAGCCGCCCAGCAGCUGAGCCACCCGAGCAGCCCUGUCUGUGUCCUCGCUUUUUACGCUGAGGGUCGGGCCAUUGACUUUGAGGUCGGGGUAGAUGACCUACAGCUGUUCUUACAGUGCGAUAGGGCGGACGGCCUCUCUCUCUUUGACCUCACCUCUGGCGCUUCCCCUGCCCCUGCUGCUGAUGCUGACGCCACUGUUCGCUCCCAGUGGGCCACGCGCGAUGCUGCUGCACGUCUUGCUGUGCGUCGCCACCUCCCUACCUCCGAGCGUGCGCACUUUAGUCAGUACAAGAGUGCUCAGACCUUGUACGACGCUGUAGUCGCGCGCUACUCCUCCCCUUCCACUGCUGCACUGAGCCGUCUCAUGCUGCCGUACCUCUUCCCUGACCUUGCUGCCUUUCCCACCGUUGCUGACCUCAUUACGCACCUCCGCACUAGUGACACUCGCUACCGCGCUGCACUUCCUGCUGACUUUUGCACCGCGAACCCCCCCCCCCCCAUGUAUAUCACUCUGUACUUCCUAGUCACUCGCCUCCCUGACUCCCUUCAAGUAGUCAGAGACCACUUUCUCUCAGUCUGUCCCACCACACUCACUGUAGACCUCCUCGAGAAGGCCCUCCUCGCGAUAGAGAAGAGCAUUGUCGCUGUAGGAGCCUCUCGAGGUGACCCGCGCACCCCCAUCUUUGAGGGGUGUUCUCCCUCCCCCCUGCUGCCCUCUGUUGCCUCUGCUGCUGCGGCCGACCUCCUUGGUCUUGAGUUGGUCGGUGCGGCGUCUGGCCCUAGCGGGAGACGCCGCCCUGGCAAGGGCAAGGGGGGCAAGGGAGCUGGAGGAGCGGGCGGUGGAGGUGGAGGUGGAGGCGGUGGGGGUAGUGGGGGUGGCGGUGGGAGUGGAGCGUUGUGA